CAUUGAAAUUGUUUCACGUAACCUCUAUCGAUACGAAGCAAUUGAAUCACCAACGCCCACUGCUUCAACUGCCUCCGGGGCCAACAUGUCCUGACCAGUCAUUGUGUCCAAGAGAAGAGAAAAAGGAAAUAAAAAAUAUAUCAAAAUAAAAUCAACAACAACAAAAAAUGGCGACCGAUGGGCGGCCAGCGCAGCCCGAGUCGAUUCUGCGCGGACACAAGGCGCAGGUGCAUGUGGCCGCCUUCGUGCGCUCCAACGACCGCCUCGUAACAGGCGAUGCAGAUGGCUUCGUCGUCGCUUGGGAUCUCACAAUUAUGCGGCCCCGCGCGGUAUGGCAGGCCCACAGGAACGCCAUAUUAGGCAUCGCCGGCUGGGGGGAAGACCGGCUGAUCACCCACGGGCGCGACAACAAACUCAUAGUCUGGAAGUUUUCCGCAGAAGAAGAGAGCCGGCUGAGCACCAAGUUGCCCUUGGACACGACACCAGAGCCCCGACCCCAGCCAUGGAUCCUGCACAUGCUCGAGGUGAACACCAUGAAUUUCUGCUCGUUUGCCCAUUGCCCCGCCUCCCCGGGACCGGGUGCGAGUCCGAGUGGUUCAUCAUCAUCAGAGAUCUUCGUUGCAGUGCCGAACACGCUGGCGUCCGAGGCCAUUGAUAUCUUUCACCUGCCCUCGCAAGUACGGCGGCACACGGUCAAGCUGGGCGACAAGAACGGCAUGGUCAUGGCCCUGGCGAUAUUCUACCGCGGGCACGACCUGACUCUUGUGGCCGGCUACGAAAACGGCAAGGCGAUGGUGGCCCAGCUCACCCACCACGGCGACUGGUCCGUCAGGUACCAGGCGAGCUGCCAUUCCCAGCCAGUCCUGUCCCUCGACGUGUCUCCCGGCAGGGACUUCUUCCUCACAUCCAGCGCCGACGCCAUCAUCGCCAAGCACCCCCUCCCUUCAUCACCCCAACCGGCCACCCAGCAGCUCUCCUCACCCCAGCCAGACCCCGCUCCCGGGACUCCGCCGCCGCCAACCAGCGACAACCGCCCCGAUCCCGCCUCCGGGCCCUCCACUACCGCGCAAAGAGGGAACCCAAGCAAGUCGCUCCUCACGGCGGCCCUGUCCGGCGCGGGGCCGCCUUCCUCUUCCUCCUCCUCCUCCCACCAGCCGAUACACACCACCACGGUCCACCGGCCCGGCGAGCUGCCGGCCCAGCAGCCGAUCAAGACGGUCAACACGAGGCACGCGGGCCAGCAGUCCCUCCGGAUCCGCUCCGACGGCCGCGUCUUCGCCACCGCCGGCUGGGACGCCCGGGUGCGCGUGUACUCGGCCAAGACGCUCGCCGAGGUGGCCGUCUUGAAGUGGCACGCCGCCGGCUGCUACGCUACCGCCUUCGCGUCGCUCGAUAAUCCGGCCGCGCAGGUUGGGGAGGGGGAGGGGGAAAGGGAGGGGAAGGGGAAGGGGAAGGGGAAGGAGGAGGAGGAGGAGAGCGAGACGCCGACGCGACAGGAAGAAGGUGGCGGCGAGGGCGGGGGACCCCGGAAACGGCUGCUGCUCGAGGGAAGAGAGCCGGACGACGACGAGCAUGAGGGCGGGACAGAUGAGGGAAAGGAAGUGGCGGUGGUGCCGAAGCUCGUCGACGUGACGGUGCGGGAUAGACGAGUUCAGCAGGCGAGGAGGGCCCAUUGGCUGGCUGCCGGGAGCAAAGACGGGAAGGUUAGUCUGUGGGACGUGUUCUAGACGACGCAAAGACAUUGAACAAUAAAUGCGCCGGGCUAUGGAUUUCUCUGCCCCCCUUGAUGCUUCUUCGGGCAGACAGAUAGACAACGGAGGCGUGCCACCGGGCAGUAUACCACGUAGGGCAUCGCAAGACCUAGGCCCCAAACAAAGUUUAGUGCCGGGCCCUCAUAUACAACGUACUAGUGUACAACAACAUGCAAAACGAUAUUCUUCCCCCCC